GCCAAGAUGGCUCCUCAAAUCUAGCCAGGGAGGCCAGAGCAGUGCCGGAGAUCCCUGUCCAGGUGAUGGUGGGACCAGGACAGAGGAGCUGCUGCAAAGAUGUCUGAAGCCAAGACCCUGAGGUUCUCUUGCCUCGUGCUUUCCUUGCUCUCCUUGCACUGGGCUUCGCUCCAGCUGGGCCAGGCUUUUCCCAGCACCUCUGACUACCUCCAGCGAGGCUGGCAGCGGCUGCUGGAGGAAGGGGAGGGCUGUGCCAAGUGCCGUCAGGAGGAGUGCCCGGCGCCGCGCGGGUGCCUGGCUGGCACGGUGCGGGAUGCCUGCGACUGCUGCUGGGAGUGUGCCAACCUGGAGGGACAGAUCUGUGACCUGGACAACACCAACCACUUCUACGGCAAGUGCGGGGAGCACCUGGAGUGCCGUCUGGAUGCCGGAGACCUGCAGCAUGGAGAGGUGCCCGAGCCCCAGUGCGUUUGCCUCUCCCACCUGGCUCUCUGUGGCUCCGAUGGCAAAACCUAUGCCCAGAUUUGCAGGUUCCUGGAGGUUGCCCGUGCCCAUCCCGACGCCAACCUCACGGUGGCCCAUGAGGGGCCCUGCGAGUCAGAGCCACAGAUCACCUCUCCUCCCUACGACACGUGGAAUGUCACCGGGCAGGAUGUCAUUUUUGGCUGUGAGGUCUUCGCCUACCCCAUGGCGUCCAUCGAGUGGAGGAAGGAUGGCAUGGAGAUGCUGCUGCCUGGAGAUGACCCCCACAUCUCUGUCCAGUUCAGAGGUGGCCCCCAGAAGUACGAAGUGACAGGCUGGCUCCAGAUCCAGGGUGUGCGGGUGACGGAUGAAGGCACCUACCGCUGCUUUGCCAGGAACAGAGUCGGGGAGGUGGUGGCAUUAGCCAGCCUGACCGUCUUCACACCAGACCAGCUCAACCUGACAGGCUUUUCCCUGCCGAAGCCCCGCACAACACCUGAGGACUACGGGGAGAGCGAGGAGGACUAUUACUAG